CAGGGCUCUCAGGUAACUUCCUGCAAAAUCGGGUAUUUCGGCAAGCCUGCAGUUGUUUGCGACGAUGCUGUGCAACUAAUAAGGAGUGGAGAUUUUGGGAAACUGCGCGGCAGUAUUUUUUCGGUAAUAGCAACAAUACCGAGCAAUCUGACAGCAGCCGAAAAAAACAAUUGUGUAAACGCCCUUCAUACAUAUGAGGGUUUUCUGUCCGCUUCAUGUAGUGUGAGUCCAUCUUUCGAGGCCAUUGGCACUUUACCAUACGGAUUUCUUCUGUAUCGUACGCCUCUACGACCAGCAAAAAUUUUCUAUACUGUCGAGCCCACCUAUACUGUGACAAAGAAGAGGCCUCAGUUGGAGCUCUCAGACUUUGACAAUCUCGACCAUAUGGAGCUGUCAGUAGUUGCUCUUGAUAAGGAGAUACAGCUCCCAGCUGGGGAUUCACGCAACCCAUGGUCCUCAGUUUCGACAUGCAAGGCUGGUUUUCAACUGCGUUUUUCCUCGCCGAUGCUCUUUAGCUACGGUAUGUGGCGACGCCUGGAACGGCACCUGGCAAGGCCAGCCGCUGUGAAGGAGAAUGUCAAUUUGUAUCGAUACAUGAGUGGUUUCAAGUUUGAGGCGAGUACUUCUGUUGUAUGUGGAAUAUUUGCAAUCUUCAUUCCACGAUCUUCUUUAUUUUUAAACAUUUUUCAGCAAUCCGAGCUCGUGAUGCGUACCUGCUUCCCGGAGCCGUUUCGCCAACAUUGGUACACUGUGUGCACCAAUUCCCUCCUGGAGGAGAAAGACUGUGUUAUAUCUGAAAUUUGUAUAGGAAACGGCUCGGAUCUUGCUGAGAUAGUUUCCAUCGUCCGGGCUCAAGCAAUACAUAACAGUCUCUGGGAGUCGCUGUUGUCAAUGACCAGCGGAAAAUGGAAGGAAGGACAGCCCCAUGUUGAUAUUCGCAUUGUGCCUUCCGCAGCUCGCUACGAGCUCUCCUUCUGUGUGGCUAACAAGAUGUACCUCGUCCGUAUCGAACUGACUCGAGAAUUCGAAUGGAUAGGUAGUGUUGAAGACUCCAACGGUGUAACUGUGCGUGUAGAUCUCAACUCUUUGCUUACCACAAGGAUAAACACGACUCGGUCUAUUCCUGUCGCAAUGGUGCGAGUGUUGAAGGAGCUGGGAUGCGAAGACGUCCGUAGUAGUGGUGCCGGUACAGACCAAACUCUCAUGGAAGUGGAUAAUGAAUCGUGUGUGUCGGGCAUGGAUAAAGUUGGCCAUGCUUGGUUGCCGUUGUUGAACAGAAGCAAAGACGAAAAGAAGCCACAUCAAGCUUAUGUGCCAGAAUUCACUUUCGAAGUGCAUUCUGUGCCGUUAGCUACACCUGGUGGACUUCUCGCCUCUUACAAGGAGAUCACCACAGAAAGUGGCAGUCGUCCACCUGCUGCCGCCCGAGCGGAAGCUCGUACUCAACGUGUGCAGUCUGACACUGCUCUUGCGAUAUCAGAUUUGGAGGCGAUUUGUCAGUUAGCGGACGGCAUGGAUGACGAUAACAAAACACCGACGCCAUUGCUGUCGAAUCGACACUCAACCAGUCCGGCACCGUCACGUCCACCUGGAUGUGUCAGUGGCAGCGCUCCUGGUAGUGUUGUACCACAGUUGAGCCCUCUGGAAACAGCUCGAUUGAAAAUGACGCAUAGCGUCGGUGCAGCAGCGGCUGUUGGACUUGCGUCGGCUACUCCAGAUGUUUUCGAAUUCGCUGACGAUCGCUCCGUCGGGAGUAGCUCGGCCUAUCCCUCGCCGUCACCUCAGUACACUCCUUUUGCAUACGGCACCGUUGGAAGCCCGAUAUCCGGACAGUCAGUGAGAGGAACCGUAACCAAACGACGUCCACGUGCACGAAAAACAGCAAAUAUGGGAGAUAGGAUGGGUGAUAUUCAACAAUCAGCUGGAAAAGAUCCCGCGAUGGCUGGUAUUCCUACGCGGAAACCUCGCGGGAAAACUGGAGUACGCCGUCCGCGUGGUUCUCGUAAAGCGGCGUUAGCAAUGUCGCACGCUGAACUGGAAAUGCAGCAGCGAGUGCCUCCUCCUCUGCAGAGAUCGUACAGUGAUUACGAACAGAUGUCUAAUCCAGGUAUGCUUGGAGUGUCAACUUCUCCUUAUGUCGAUACCGAAUCGGAUGAUGAAUGUGAUCCACCGCCACCUCCGAAAUCGUUGGCGAUGUUCCCGUCGCGUUCACCUGCAACAAGUCAAGUUGCGGCGGCCUCAGCUGCGAAUAGUCCCUCACAUUCGAUGAGUCCUCUGUGCGUUCCUGUUGGUACGCCGUCAUCCUCCACUCAUCCUCCUCCUUCUCCUCUCGCAGCAGCUUCGCCAACAGUAAGCCAGCCUGCGCCACUUCCUUCGCCACGAGCAAAUCAACCGCGAAAGACCAGUCUUGAUGCGGUUGUCGGACGACUAAAAACAUCUACGCCAUCCCAAAGCACUCCUCCGCCGAAGAGAAGCGUUUUCAACGAUCUUUACGACGAUGGAACAGAAUCUCCUCCACCACCUGAAGAGCGCAUCUCAGCUGCUUCUACAGUAGCGUCAACACCUCUUUCAAGUACUUCAGUCAGUGCAUCGCCUUUGCAACCCGUCACUGUGACCACUCAGGCGAGCACGUCAUCGCCUCGAGUAACUUCGGAAACAGGACGAGAACAAGCGUCUUCAACCGAAGGAACUCAGAACACGACACCAACUGUGAAGAUAGAAGGCGCUAGCAAGCUGAUAUUGAAGAUUCCAAAAGUACCAUCACGAGCAUCCCCAUCGGUGGACGCGCAGAAAACGAAGUCGAUUCCAAUGCAAGCGAUGCCGAAACUCGAAAAACAGGAGAAGAAACGAGACAAAGAGAAAAAGGAAGGGCACAAGGAGAGGUCCAAAGAUAAGUCGGAUGAAUCUCGGCGGCAAAAGAGGAAGGCUGAAGGAAAGGAGAAGGAUCGCGAACAUAAACGGCACAAGGUGAGCUUAUAUUAUGAGUUAGUACAUGUUAUGUUAGCUGACGCAAAUAUAAUGACACCUUAA